GUCGGGACGGAGGAGACAAGAUGGCGCUGCGGGCGAUGCGGGGGAUUGUGAACGGGGCCGCACCCGAGCUACCCGUGUCCACCAGUGGGCCGGUGGCGGGAGCGCGGGAGCAGGCGCUGGCAGUUGGCCGUAACUACCUCUCCCAGCCUCGCCUCACAUACAAGACAGUAUCAGGAGUGAAUGGUCCACUAGUGAUCUUAGAUCAUGUGAAGUUUCCCAGAUAUGCUGAAAUUGUCCACCUGACAUUACCAGAUGGCACAAAGAGAAGUGGGCAAGUUCUAGAAGUUAGUGGUUCCAAAGCAGUAGUUCAGGUAUUUGAGGGGACGUCAGGUAUAGAUGCCAAGAAAACGUCCUGUGAGUUUACUGGGGAUAUUCUCCGAACACCAGUGUCUGAGGAUAUGCUUGGUCGGGUAUUCAAUGGAUCAGGAAAACCCAUUGACAGAGGUCCUGUGGUACUGGCUGAAGACUUUCUUGACAUUAUGGGCCAGCCAAUAAAUCCUCAGUGUCGAAUCUACCCAGAGGAGAUGAUCCAGACUGGCAUUUCUGCCAUCGAUGGCAUGAACAGUAUUGCCAGGGGGCAGAAAAUUCCGAUCUUCUCUGCUGCAGGGUUGCCACACAAUGAGAUUGCAGCUCAAAUCUGUCGCCAGGCUGGUUUGGUAAAGAAAUCCAAAGAUGUAGUGGAUUACAGUGAAGAAAAUUUUGCAAUUGUAUUUGCUGCUAUGGGUGUAAACAUGGAAACUGCCCGAUUCUUCAAAUCUGACUUUGAAGAAAAUGGCUCGAUGGACAAUGUCUGCCUCUUUUUGAACCUGGCCAAUGAUCCAACUAUUGAACGAAUCAUUACUCCUCGCCUGGCUCUGACCACAGCCGAGUUUCUGGCUUACCAGUGUGAAAAGCACGUACUGGUUAUCCUGACUGACAUGAGUUCUUAUGCUGAAGCACUUCGAGAGGUUUCAGCAGCCAGGGAAGAAGUCCCUGGUAGACGAGGUUUCCCAGGCUAUAUGUAUACAGAUUUAGCCACGAUAUAUGAACGUGCUGGUCGAGUGGAAGGUAGAAAUGGCUCUAUCACUCAAAUCCCUAUUCUCACCAUGCCCAAUGAUGAUAUCACCCACCCCAUUCCUGACCUGACGGGUUAUAUUACUGAGGGGCAGAUCUAUGUGGACAGACAGCUGCAUAACAGACAGAUUUACCCACCUAUUAAUGUGCUGCCCUCACUCUCCCGGCUAAUGAAGUCAGCCAUUGGAGAAGGCAUGACCAGAAAGGACCACGCCGAUGUAUCUAAUCAACUGUAUGCCUGCUAUGCUAUUGGCAAGGAUGUGCAAGCCAUGAAAGCUGUAGUGGGAGAAGAAGCCCUUACCUCGGAUGAUCUUCUUUACCUGGAAUUUCUGCAGAAGUUUGAGAGGAACUUUAUUUCUCAGGGUCCCUAUGAAAACCGCACUGUCUACGAGACUUUGGACAUUGGCUGGCAGCUGCUCCGAAUCUUCCCCAAAGAGAUGCUGAAGAGAAUCCCUCAGAGCACCCUGAGCGAAUUUUACCCUCGAGACUCUGCAAAGCACUAGCUGCUGCUGCUUUUGUGGCGUGGCCUCUUGUGAAGUACUGGUUCUGUUUUCCUGAUUCCUUUUGCACUCCUCCAUCCCCACCUCGUGUGGAAGUUUACCUGUUACCCUGUAAUUAAAAACAAAGACUAGGUAACGUUAUUGUGCCAGUGUUGCAAUGUUUUAAACUGCUACAGACUUUAAAAUAGCCCUGUUCAAAAAGCCGGAUCUUCAGUGCUUUGUUUAAAGUAGCUGCAGGGAUAGAGCUGAAGUUUUCUCAUUGAUGUAUGUAUUUGUACAUAGUGAUGUAGUUAGUUGCCUAAUAAUGUCUUUGUCAUUUGGGUUCCCCAGGCCUUACCUGUCAGCCCCGUCAACAAUAUCAUUAUUGUGAAGCUAAAAUGCUUUGUCCUUGAAUUUAGGGGCAAGGUCGGGUCUGGAUCAGAAGAACCAAGAGGCUGUUUCCUGAAUCUCGUUUGGGAUACUGUGCUUCAUUUCCCAGGCAAAUGAUCUCUGCUGUGUACUUGCUUUCUCCUAUGUGAUGAAUAGAUUUGCAAAAGGAGUUUCUUUUUGUCUUAGUAUCUGUGAGUUGGGAUUCCUGUGUGUGGCAUCCUUCUCCCUUUGAAUACACACAGAAUCAUGCAACUUUGCACAGCUGACAUUCAUCUGAUAGUGACCAGAUGCCUUGUCCUGGUGAUCCUUCAUGGGUUUCCAUGCAGAGGAAUCAGAAUUAGAGUUAUCAGUAGAAUUGUGGCUUGGGGUACAAUAAAACAAAAAAGCAAAGCCUAUAUCCAUUAUGUAUUCUGAUGUGCUAACAGUGCUUAUCAGAUGCUGAGGCAGGAUGGGGAGGAGAGACUUCCUAGAUUGUGGAUAUUUUAAACUAUUCAGAGCAGCCUUUGGAAGAUCCCUGAUGAGUCCUACUUUCUGACCUAGCUUUAUUUUUCAGGGUGAUCUUGUGGCAUAAAUGGCAGCAUUUCAUUCAUUCCUUCUUCCUGGUGUGAGCCUGAGCUACUCUGUGCAGUUCUGCCAUGUCUGCUGUUGGGUCUCUGUGUUGUGUGUUACUCGGGUACAGUAGUAACUUCCUACUCUGUACAUUCCAUCUUUCCAGCUGUGUGAAGUUCACUUUUUCUCUGAGGGGGUUGGGGGGUGGGGAGCAAGCAUGAUUAUAUUUUAAUGUAGAAAAUGUGACAUCUGGAUAUAAAUGAAAAUAAAUGUUAAAUUAAAUGGAAGUUACCUAAAGUGACUCUGUAUCUUCUAAUCAGAAAAGCAACAGCAGUAAGCAAAUGGAUAAUGCAUCUCUUCACAGCUGUGAGCAUCAUAACCAGUAUUGGGGACCAGCCCCCUGUAUUACAGGACACGGCCCAUGUCUUACAGGCUGCCCUUCCCAGCCUUUGUUUGGAUGGCUCUUACAGCAUGUAGUUUGAUCGCCAGGUGAAUUUCCACAGGCGAUCCUAUUAUUCUGUUUCAAGCAUUUCCAGGAUCUCUAGAACCUACCUGCCAUGAAUGAAGGAGGGUGAAGAAUAAAAAAUGAAAUACAUACUGAAACAAACCAAGACUUGCUUCAAAUAAAAUCUUAACUGGGUGUUCAGUAUAAAAGAAAUCAUAGCCGUUAAAGCACGAGGUGGUGUCACAGAGGCCUCCCUGUCCUCUCUGCCUUCUCUCUCCCCUCUGUAGUACAAGGCAGCUUUCAGGAGCUGUAGAGGGAGAAGCUCAGUCCUGGCAAGGGCAGAGCAGACUUCAGUUCUGUUUCUGGUUCUACCACUCACAGUAAGAAAUGCAAGUCUGUCUUACAUGCCUUUUAGGGUUAGCAUAAAGGUUUAGAGAUUUUGUGUGUAAAAACCUAAAACAGAGCCUGGGCCACAGCUGCACUC